CAAUAUUUCGUUCAGUUAGUUUGUGAAGUUCAUUUGUUUCAUUAUUUGUUUCGUAUUUUUGUGGUUGAAAAGAUGGUCGAUGCUAGUUUUAGUCAUGAUAUUAGCUCUCAUCAUGAAUUCAUGCAAGAAUUGAAAACUUAUGAAUGGUAUAAAUCCAUUGAUAAAAAUAACGAUGGGUACAUUGAUCUUAAAGAACUUAAAGUGGCACUGGACGUUUGUGGAUUCAAAAUCCCCGGAUGGAAGGUGAGACAAAUGGAAGAAGAAUUAAAAAAUAAAAGGACCGUUACAGAAGGAAAAUUAUCCUACACAGAAUUCGAGAAUCUUUGCAGUGAUUUAAAAGCCAGCGAGGUUGCUAGCACUUUUAAACAAGUCGUCCAAAAACGAGAGAACCUCCAGCAUUUAGGAGGCACCUCAGAAGCAUCAAAUGAAGGAACAACGCAUUCGGUUCGUGUAGAAGAACAACUCGCCUUUUCCGAUUGGAUUAAUUCAAACCUCAAGUUUGAUCCGGAUCUUCAGCAUCUUCUUCCAAUAGACUCUGAUGGAAAAUUGUUAUACGAUAAAGUAAAAGACGGAAUUCUAUUAUGUAAAGUUAUCAACCAUUCCUGCCCAGAUACUAUCGACGAAAGAGCGAUUAACAAAAAAAAUCUAACGCUCUAUCGUAAAUUAGAAAACUUAACACUGGCAUUAUCUUCUGCUCAAGCCAUCGGUUGUAACGUAGUUAAUAUAGACGCUCACAGUCUGGAGAAAGGGACUCCUCAUCUGGUAUUAGGACUUCUUUGGCAAAUCAUUCGAAUAGGACUGUUCAAUCAGAUAACAUUGGAGCAUUGUCCUGGCUUAACAUCUUUACUUACUGACGAAGAGAAGAUUGAAGAUUUAAUGAAACUUUCUCCCGAAAAUAUUUUGCUUCGAUGGGUCAAUUAUCAUCUUGAACAAGCCGGAACGCCAAGAAGAAUAACUAACUUCCAAAGCGACGUUACCGAUUCAGAAGUUUACACGUACUUAUUAAAACAAAUUGCGCCACAAGAAGCAGAAGUUAAUGUUGAUGCUUUAACGGAAAAAGACCUUUUGGAAAGAGCAGAAAUCAUGUUACAACAAGCUGCAAAACUAAAGUGUCGUUCGUUCGUCACUCCUCAGGAUGUAGUUAAUGGUGUUUACAAAUUGAAUUUGGCAUUUGUUGCCAAUCUUUUCAAUAAUCAUCCUGGAUUAAAUAGAGAAAACGGCGUCUUAGAUUAUGAAACUGUCGAAGAGACAAGAGAAGAGAAAACAUACAGAAACUGGAUAAAUUCAAUGGGUGUUUCACCCCAUGUGAAUUGGCUCUAUUCUGACUUGGCAGAUGGUUUGGUAAUCUUUCAACUUUAUGACGUUAUUAAGCCAGGUAUAGUUAAUUGGAACAAGGUUCAUAGGAAAUUUAGCAACCUUAGGAAAUUCAUGGAAAAAUUGGAAAACUGCAACUAUGCUGUCGAAUUGGGUCGCGAAAUCAAGUUCUCCCUCGUGGGUAUUGCUGGCCAGGACAUUCAAGAAGGAAAUGUUACACUCACUUUGGCCUUAAUCUGGCAGUUGAUGCGAGCUUAUACUCUUUCCAUUCUAUCCCAGCUUGCACAAACAGGAAAUCCGAUUGUCGAGAAGGAGAUUGUACAGUGGGUGAAUAAAAAAUUAGAGUCUGCUGGAAAGAAAUCUUCCAUUAAUAAUUUCCAAGACCCUGCCAUUGCCGACGCCAGAGUUGUUAUUGACCUAAUUGAUGCGAUUAAGCCUCGCGCUAUUAAUUACGAACUUGUUAAAACAGGGGGAAACCCAGAAGACAAUUUGGCUAACGCCAAGUAUGCUAUAUCGAUGGCCCGUAAGGCUGGAGCAAGGGUGUACGCACUUCCGGAAGACAUAACUGAGGUAAAGCCGAGAAUGGUUAUGACAGUCUUUGCAUGCCUUAUGGCACUCGACUAUGUGCCUAAUAUGGAUAGCGUUCAAAAUUAGAUGAAAAACUCAACACAAACACAAACAGUCUGUUUUUGUACAUUUAUUUUAGUUUCUGUGUUGAAUUUAUUUGGGAAAACUCUGUGAUCACAUAACGACAACAUUCCAAAAUUAAUUCCAUAGGCAUAAUUAAUUAUUCGAUUUAGUAAGCAUUUUUACAUUUUUAACAGAAA